GAGCAGAAGUCUGAAUCAGGUGAAAAUCAAUAAAGAUGUUUAAGUGCUGGUCAGCCGUUUUGAUUCUUGGAUUCAUCUUCCUGGAUUCUGAAGGGAGGCCAACAAAAGAAUCAGGAUAUGGCCUUAAAUCCUAUCAACCUCUCACAAGAUUACGACAUAAGGAAAAAAGUCAAGAAAGUUCAAGAAUCAAAGAAUUUCUAAUUCACGAUGGACCUUUUGGAUCUUGUGAAAAUAAGUACUGUGGCUUGGGGAGGCACUGUGUUAUCAGCAGAGAGACAAGGCACGCUGAGUGUACGUGCAUGGACCUCUGCAAACAGCACUACAAACCUGUGUGUGGAUCUGAUGGGGAAUUCUAUGAGAACCACUGUGAAGUGCACAGAGCCUCCUGCCUGAAAAAGCAAAAGAUCACCAUUGUUCACAACGAAGACUGCUUCUUUAAAGGUAAGAGCAGGGUGAGGCCUACAGUGCCGUAGUCCUCUACCUGUCCUAUUCUCUACUACUGCCAUGAAAGUGUGAACAUCAUGUCAUUUUAUCUCUGCAAGCAUCUAAAAGAAGCAGAAGGAAAAAAUAACCUUAACCAACAACUCAAAAAAGCAACAGGGUAUGGCAAUUUGCAUGGAUAGGAUUCUGAUAUUCAUUUAUGAGACUAAGCUGGCCAAAAUCUGACUCACAGUUUAAUAUAGAAAUCAGCAUUGUACCAUAUGGCUUCCCAAUCACGGAGUUAUUAUUAUAGGGACAGAGGGUAGCCAGUUUAGUCUGCAGGCCAAAUAUCACCAGUGCAAAGCCCUUAGAAUGCUGGUGAGGCUGCAGGGAAGGCCAAGCGGUGCUGUCCUGGCUUUCAGUGCUUCCCGAUGUACAGAAUAAUUUCAAUUUGAAGCACGCAACUCAAAUUGUAUGGGACCUCUAAUUGCCCACUUCAAUAACAAUAAAGUCAUAAGAAACUCAUUUAGCAAAUCUGAGGCAAUGAUGGUUUAACAUUUUAAAGUAAUAUUUACACUCAUACAAUUGAAAGGAUGGCUUAGUGAAUAGUACUUCUGAAUUAGUAAUUAGAUAUGCUGUUUUAGUGUGUUCUAUAAAUAAAUCCUCAAAUGGGCUUGAUCAUCACACAUUUAUUUAUACCUUGAUUUGUUACUUGGUUGUUUAAGUUGGAGGAAAUAUUUACUUUCUUGUGUUUUUGACUUAGUUAAAUUCUAGAGUCAAAUAUAUAAUCAUACAC